CCCUCCUCGAUUUUCUGGUCUUCCGCCCGCCUGCAGCGCAAACGCCACCAGGCACCCCCCAGAGGGAGCUGUCCGGUGCUGAAGUUGCAUUUCCUUCCACUGAGCAGGCAGAGGACAGGCGCGCGCGCACGCUCGAGCUAAAAAAAACUGAACAUUCCCUCAACUCUCCCAUCGGAUCUGGACCUUCCCCGCGCGCUUCCAAGACAAUCUUCCCGCCGCUCUGCUCUGUGUUUUUGUUUUAACGGAGCCAUCAGCACGCUGGCCAGGCCGUCGGCGCUCGGCUGUGAGUGUGUGUGCCGCCGCGAUCGCGAGAGUGUGUGCUGUUGCGUUUGAGUGUGUGCGCGCCCAACACCAUGCCAAGGUCUUUCCUGGUGAAAAAGGUGAAAUUGGAUGAUUUCUCCAACGGGGCGGACUUGGAGAACGCCUACCGGCACCGGACGGACCUCAGCCUGCGGCUCCACGACAAAGGUGGCUACAUCAGUGACUACAUCAGCCCUGUCGUGUAUGACGGAGAGAGUGAUGGUGGCAUCAAGGUGCCCUCUCCUGAUCCCCUCUAUGAUGGUAUCCACAGCGACUACGGCGCUCCUGACUCAGAGUCUCCCGAGAGUCCCAGCUCCGAGAUCACGGAUGGCUACAUCAACGGAGACACUGCAGUGAGCGAGGGUUACACAGUCGAUGCCUUCUUCAUCACCGAUGGCCGCUCAAGAAGAAAAGCUCUCGGCAGCCCCCGGAGCCUCCAGAGGCACACCUGCAACGAGUGCGGCAAAACCUACGCCACGUCUUCCAACCUGAGUCGGCACAAACAGACACACCGCUCGCUGGACAGCAAGCUGGCGAAGAAGUGCCCGACCUGCGGGAAAGUGUACGUGUCCAUGCCCGCCAUGGCCAUGCACCUGCUCACUCACGACCUCAAGCACAAGUGUGACGUGUGCGGGAAAGCCUUCAGCCGACCGUGGCUCUUACAAGGUCACAUGCGCUCGCACACAGGCGAGAAGCCGUUCGGCUGCGCCCACUGCGGGAAGGCUUUUGCGGACCGCUCGAACCUGCGCGCUCACAUGCAGACUCACUCGGCCUUCAAGCACUUCAAGUGCAAACGCUGCAACAAGACCUUUGCGCUGAAGAGUUACCUGAACAAGCACUACGAAUCUGCCUGCUUCAAAGGCCCCUUCUCCCCUCUCGGCCCCCUAGAUGCAUGACAGCUUCAAAAAGAUCAAACAACUGACAAAAGUGCAGACAUGAAGUACCAUUAUCCUUAAAGACUGUAACGCAGACAGUAUAUUUUUGGGUCGGAGAACGACCUCGCUUCCUCGUCCUCAACCCUUUUCCCUUCACUUCCGCCCCAACACACUUUUCCUCGGAGCCUCUUGAUGACGAACAUAAUGAAGAUAGCACAAUUUUUUUCCUCCUUGAGAUUUGCCCACUUAAGGAUUUAACUGAUCGACGCAUGCACUUCGUCAAAAACUCUUGACCUCUUCUUCCUCGGCCUGUUUCAGGAUAGAGACAUUAAUACUAACAAAGCUUCCUCUCGGCAUCUAGAUUUAGUACGACAGCGUAUUUUUCGGGGGGGAGGGACAUUGAUGAUGAGAAUGACAAGAAAGACUUUAGUGAGCCUAUAGCUACUAGUUUUCUCUCUGCACUGAAAUGUGGUGAGUUUUUCAUUCAGAGUUUUCCUUUUUGAGGGAAAUGGGGGGGUAUAGUUGUAAUAAUAAUAUUGAUAAUGUUAAUAAUGAUGCUCUGCUGCACCAAGUGACCAUUAUCCCCUCCACUAUUGAGGUAAACUUAUUUAUUUGUUUAUUUAUUUAUUUAUUUAUCUAUUUAUUUAUUUGAUUUUGUCAGUUAUAUUUUUAUAUGUGAUUUGAUACUUAUUAAUUUGCACUUUAUGUUGUCUACAUGUGUGUUGGAUAAAUGCCAAGCUCUUUUUAACCACUACAGGCCAAAGCAUAAGUCACUUUUUUUUUUAAAUACUUCUUUUUUUUUGGAAUACGUUGUUUAUUUGUUUGUGUUUUUUAUAUAUUAACAUUGUUGCAUGCAAAAAAAGAAUAAUAAUAUUAAUAAUAACAAUGAAACCUAUGCCAACAUCAUAAAAAAAGCUUAUGAUUUUUUGCCAAAUUACUAUAGAUAGAACCCGAGGGCAAUAUUUUUUUCUCUUGGAGCCUCCAUAGGACUCUUCAAAAGCAAUAAUCACCUAAUGCAUGGUAUUUUAUGAUGAAGUUAUGAAGUAUUACCUACUACUGUAUAGCAGUUUUAAAAAUCAGGUAUGUCUUCACCUAUAGUCAUAAACAGAAAAAUACUAAUAUUACAGACAUCAGGGAACAUGCCAAUGUAGUGUUAGAGCAACAAAAAGAAAAAUCCCGUUUUUCCUCUCUUGUUAUGCACUGCCUGCCUCUUAGUGAGUAGAACCGUUUAGGAUGUAGGCUAGAGAGGCUGGGAUCAGCUACCUGCUGGGUGUGAUGCCUCUUAUAGGACAACUAGUGUGUCACCCUGAGAGACCUCUUUACACUAACAUCAAGAAAAACUACGGGGAAAACAAAAGAGCGCCUCACUCGGAGGCUCAAAUUGGACUUAAUCAGGAGUAAUCACUGACGUAGAAAGGUGGAGCUUAAAUAUGUUGCUUUUCACAUCAUGAAUAUCACGCCUACUCUAUUGUAUUGAUCUGCAGUUUGCAAACAACGAGGGAAAAUAAUUUGCAGGUGACUGUAAGCAAGCUUCCAAUAGAAAACCAAGGUGAAGUUUGGUGCAUUGCUGAAGUUGGACCGAGGUCAACUUUGACUGCAAUGCAUUAUUCAACAAUCCCUCCAGAGCACUUCCAUAGUAUAAAGCGUGCAAUCUCCAGCAUGCACUUUGGCUGGAUGAUUACAGUUGAGCUGUUACAGUCCCUAACAGAGGCAACAUGUCACUCAGCCCUGAUUAUUCUGCAGCAGGUUCAGUUCAUCCCCUCUGGGCCAACUAUAGGCUAUGAGUGAAUUACCUACAGAUGGGUUAACUCUAAUGAGCCCCUAACUCACAGAUGACUAGUUAUCUAGGUAGUCAACAGUGGUGUUGCUGAACCCAGUUCUCUGCAGCUCAGAAACCCCCACAGAUUCAUGGAGCUCCCAAGAGACAAACCCAGGACACGCUAAUCACUAGGUGCUUCUUUUAUUUUAGUUUAUAUUAUGAAACUGUAAAGAACCAUUUUUAAUAAUGUAUGUGCGAGAGUGCAUGAGUGCACAUGCAAGCACACCGUGCCUGCUGAUGAGCCAUUUGGAAUCACAGAAUCCGUCCGCUGUCAAGCUUUUGCAAUGACAACCUUUGACAGAAGACAGUGUUUUUCCUCAGAAUGAAGGUUUUGACUGAUUUAUGUCCACGUUUUGUUUGGGUUAUGACACAGCACAAUUAUAGGGACACUGUUCAUGUACAAUGAUGGACCAGCUUCACAUCAAAGGCAUCUGCAACAAUGAAGUCUCGGAGUGUAGGUUUGAUUAAACAAACAAAAAAAUAAUAAAAAAUGAACAUUUUUACAGAGAUUUUUUUUAAAUCUUAUCUGGUUUAUUACUAAAACAAAGCAUUAUCUAUUAUAUUUCUUCUGAACAUGUAGGUUAAACUUCACUGCAGUUAAAUAUUGCACAAUGAGACAAAGAUAAUACACAAAAAUGACAUUACAAUUACAACUUUGAGCAGUAAAACAGCAGUUGCAGUGUCUUAUGGGUAUUUUGUCCAUCAUCAAGCUGAAAGGUCAGCGAGUCUGUUUGCAUGUGUCUGUCUCUGGGUGAGCUCCAGGUCUGGCCUCCUUAAGCACUUCCAUCAUUCUCAUCUCCACCUUAAAGAAAGUAGCACAAUGAAACUAACUAGAAUUCAGGUAGAGAAGAACUGAAACCUUCUACUAGCUUGACCUCUCUUCUUCUUCUUCUUCUUCUUUUUGUUUUUGUAUUUCCAAGUUAAAGAAUGAUGAUAACCUAAUUAAUCGUUUAUUGGGGGGAAAAAAAUCCUUUGGACUAAGAUGUUUUUACUGCUGUAUAGCGAAAUCUGACACACCUUAUCUCAGGAGGUUUGGACCUCUGGUGCAGAGGGAGGACCUCCUGUCUUUUUUGAGCCAGUAUUCAGAAAAUGUAAGCACAAUGAACACAAAGCAUUUUGUGGCACUUCAUAAUAAAGAAUAAUCUUAACCAACCAA